UUUUUCUUUUUUAAAGCUACGAAAACUCUUUAAAAACCCUACACCCCUAAGAUUGGGAUCCGAGAGGAGAGAUGGCUGAUGAUUUUCCAGAUUGGACUACGGAGGACGUAACUCCAUAUAUAAAGUACGAGGCUGGAUCUGUGCCUGAUUAUGCGUUUGUUCCGUGUAUCAGACGCGGUGAGGAUGAAGGGCCUCAUCUCACUCCUGACGAAGAGUUGCGCCUCAUGACAAAACAAGUCAAGGAGACACAUGGUUUCGACAUGGAUUUUAAGCAGUUCCGCUGCAUUUUUAACUACCUACCCCUUGAUUUCAAUGAUGACGAUUUCGUCGUGGAACCAGAAACCCCCAGAGAGUUAAUGGACAGGCUGUCUCGUGGAUCCCUUGUCGGAUACAAUGAAAGACAGAAUACAAGAUAUGAAUUAGUUAAAGUUAUCAAAGCCAAUCUUUACACCACUGCUACUACGGCCGUUAUGUAUUUCAUUACCUUUGAAGGUAAGGAUCCUUCUUCCUCUGAUCAGCCAAGAGAGUUCCGAGCUAAAGUUUGCUAUUUUUAUCAUGAACCGCCCAAGUACAUCUCCUGCGAUCUGGUACCUGAGGAAAAAGUUCACUCCAUUGAAACUACGGAGAAAGGAGACUAAGCUCCACCUUAUGAUAGAACAGUGAUAUAUAUCUACAAGGGUCAUUAUUACCUUGAUGUUAGAUUCUUGUAUGGUUGCUUUUUUUACAAUGAUAUAUUGUCCUCUCUUCACAUAUUGGAGUAGGAGCGCUUUUAUAUGCCGUACAAUGUGUGAGAAUCACUAUAUGUUGGGUUGUUUUUUCUAUGAUCUAUUUGAGUUGCCCAAAUGACACUCUACUUCAAAACAUAAUGUAUUGUUUA